CGGUGAUGAAGUCGCAGUGAGAAAACACCAUUUUGAUGUGCAAAUCAUCUUUUGAGGACGUUUUUGACCCUGUGAAAAGUGUCUGUGCACCCGGAAGUGGUGUGAAAACGUCGAGUGUUGAGUGAAGAGAGACGACAAAUCGCGAAAUGCGAGAAUCGUCGAGCGAAGUGAGUGCUCAAGUGUGGAGCGAUUGGAUCUUGGAGGCGAUCCGCAAGAUACGCUUCCAGAAGCAGCGCCCCAGCAUUCAGCGGAUAUGUCAGGCGAUUGGGGCGCAUCACAAGUUCCACGAGGACAUUGUGGCGGUGAAGCUGGAGGAGGCCGUGGAGGCGGGCGCGGUGAUUAAGGUGUACAACAAGGGGCUGCACUCCUACAAGGCGCCCAUGGCCAGGCGCUGCGUCUCGGUGAACAACAGCACGGAUCUGUCGCGCCUGGUGGCGAAGGCGGUGAAGGAGUUGGGCGAGUGCGAAGGCUCAACCAUAAAGUCCAUCGAGAAUUAUGUGCAGAAGUCCACAAAUAUUCAGCUGGCGCCCGACACGGACAUCAAAGAUGUCAUCAGGAACUCCGUGAAGACCGCCGUGACCAAUGGACUGCUCAUCAAUGAGGGCAAGCUGUACAAAGUGGGCAAGUUGAAGGCAACGCCGCAGAAGUCAACGACGCCGGGAACGCCGCGGAAGAAGGGCGCACCUGCCAAGGCUCAGGAGGCUCAGACACCGACUUCGGCGUCCAAUAAGACUGGCCUGGGCGCGGUGUGCGCUGAGUGUCUGGGCACGGAGCUGAAGGGUCCGCGAGGAGUGCCUGAGAUCCUGAGCUCGUGCGGUGCCUGCGGCAUGGCGAUGCACACAACGUGUGCCAACAUGACGAGUCGCAAGGGAGCGCCCCAUGUGGAGCUGUCCGCGCUGGUGGCGAAGGGGAGUGCGUGGUACUGUGAGGAGUGUCGCUCGUGUGAGGGCUGCAACUCUAGCACCGCUGAGAAUGGUCCGUGCCUGCUUGGCUGCUUUGCGUGCCAUAAGAAUUAUCACUUUAGCUGUUUGGAUCCAGUGCCUGUGAAGAAAAUCAAAUGUCCAUGGAGGUGUCGCCAUUGCAUGGAUCACCAUGAGAAGAAGCCGUCGGCGGUGAAGAUGGAGAAGAGGAGUCCUGAGAGGAAGACGUCGGCGGCGAAGAAGGUUGAGAGCAAGAAGAGAAGAGUGUCCCCGGAAAAGCCAUCAACGUCUGCGAGUGUGACAACGGCGAGUGCAUCGACAAAACGUCCGCGUGUUCCACCGAUAUUGGCGUCGACGACAGAAGAUUCGGACGAUGAGGAGUCAGAGAUGGUGGCGGGUAAAGUGAACAAGAUGAUUAGGAAGGGUGUGCAUCAGGAGCAGCACUCCUCGAGUACAGUUGGUGGGCGUGUGGGGACAAACAAGAGAUCAUCAAUAUCUAGCUUAUCUGUUGUCGAUAGUAAUCGUUCUCCACUGAGUUCAACAACAUGUCAGCAGCAACAAUUAGGGAAAUCAGACCGUAUUUCGAAAGAGAAGCAGAAAUUUUUUCGUCUGCACGCCAUGAAUAGUGAUCGCGGUAGUGCUAAAACGUCGCCAAUCUUUCACAAUAGUAGCAUGAGGGAUUGUGAGAGUGACAUGAGUGUUGCGGGUGGGCGGGAGAACUUCCGGACGAAGAAUGUGCAGCAGCAGCAGCAGCACAGGAAGCGGCAGGAACAGUUGUCUGACACAACGACUUCCUGCUCCAGCAGUGAUGACGACGAUGAUGAUGAGGAUUCAUCGUCGUCUGGAUCUUAUAGCAGUAGUGAUUCGGGAUCGGGAUCAACAUCGUCAAAUACUUCAUCGUCGGAUGACGAGGAUGAGGAUGAUGAUGAGGUGUAUGAGAGUGUGAAGGUGAAGAAUUCGAGCAAAUCGCAGCCGGUGAAGCGAGAGCCAAAGCAACAAAAGUGGCCAGAAACAUCGCAGAUGUUCAAUUCGAGGCCCAAAUCCCGAAUGAAUGUGGAAUCAUCGGGGCUGUUUAACAGUUUUUCUGUGGAUUCGGGGAAGGAAGGUGGCGUUUGGGGCUUUGCGGCUGAGGCGAAGAAGAAUUUGGACAUUUUCUCGAAAGAGAGUGCAGCAACAAGUGGUGGAAAUCAUCAGAGAAUCUUUGGCACAUUCAGUCAGGAGGAGGAGGACAAUGUCAUAAAGCCGCCGAAGCAGAAGACACGAUCGGUGAAGCAGGAGAAGGAGCCACAGAGAGUUGUGCUGAAGGAGACGAGGAGCACUUACAGGGAUUUCGCCAAGAGUCUGGCGGCGGAGAAGCAACAACAGCAGCAACAGCAGCAUCAGCAGAAGAAGGGUGGCAGCGAGGCGGCGCGGCAGAGUGGCAGGAAGCAGAAGAGACAGUCCGUGAAUCGGGAGCACGAGGAUGUGGUGAAUGAUGAUGAUGAGCAGAUGCAAAUGACGCCAAGUGGUCUCGUGAAGUCGGCGGUGAAUUCGAAGAAAUUGGAGCACGAGAGGCGCUUCAUGUCGCUCUUCAAUGAUAGCAAAUUGUUCAGCUUACCAGGAACAAGUGGUGGUGGCAAUCGGGGCGCCGAUGACAACAACUCAUCAUCAUCCCAGGCCAAUAAUUCCACACCGCGUGCCGCCGCGCCUGGCGAAUCCCAAGUUGUGAUCCAGCAAACGCCAUACAGCGCAAAUCAGAAUUCAAUGGAGCAACAACCGCUGCCGCCGGGUGUGACGCAGAAGGAUGUGCAGUUGUACAAGGAGAUCCGCGAGAAGGCUGUGGAAGUGGUCACGGAGGUGAUGAAUCCUGGCGGAAAGAUGAAUCUGGCUGUGGCCGGAAGCUCUCUCACGCCCAAGUACCUGAGUCCGCCGUCGAUGGCCAUUGUGGCGCAGGAGCGAUGUCCGGCGGCGAUAGAGUUUGGCCAGUGGGAGAUCGACACGUGGUAUUCGAGUCCAUUCCCUCAGGAAUAUGCCAGGCUUCCGAAGCUGUUCCUGUGCGAAUUCUGUCUGAAGUACACGAAGAGUAAAGCUGUGCUGGAGCGUCAUCAGGACAAGUGCAGUUGGCGUCAUCCUCCGGGCACGGAAAUCUAUCGUUGUGGCGAGUUGAGUGUCUUCGAAGUGGAUGGCAAUGUCAACAAACUCUACUGUCAGAAUCUCUGUCUGCUGGCGAAGUUGUUUCUGGACCACAAGACGCUCUACUAUGAUGUGGAACCGUUUCUCUUCUAUGUGCUCACGCGCAAUGAUCGCAAAGGCUGUCACUUGGUUGGAUACUUCUCGAAGGAGAAACAUUGCCAGCAGAAGUACAAUGUGUCGUGCAUUAUGACAAUGCCACAGUAUCAGAGGCAAGGAUAUGGGCGAUUCCUCAUUGACUUCAGUUACUUGUUGAGUCGUGAGGAGGGACAGCCGGGCACACCGGAGAAGCCCUUAUCAGAUCUCGGCAGAGUGUCUUAUCAUGCGUACUGGAAGUCCGUGGUGUUGGAAUAUCUGCAAGUCAACCAGGAAGAGCGGUUCUCCAUCAAGAAACUGGCAAGAGAGACAGGAAUGUGCAUUCCAGACAUCGCGACAACGCUGAAUCUCCUCAAUUUUGUGAAGCAUAUCUCACGCGAUGGCGCUGAGAAGUCAGAGACUGUCAUUUGCAUUGACUACAGCAAAGUGGCGAAGCAUCAGGAGAAGGUGGCGAAGAAUAAGACACGAAUUUACAUUGACAGUGAGUGUUUGCGAUGGACGCCACUUCUCACGCCAUCGGUGAAUCCGUUUCGUGCGGAUUCUGAGGAUAGCAGUGCUGCUGCGUCGCCGGAGCGCAAGAAGGAGGCGGAAAAGUCGUGUGAUUCGGCCGAGGAGGAGCCAAAAACCCAUCCAAUCUCUGUGGUAGCUGCGCUACAAAGUAACAUCAUUGACAAUAGUGGUGUGAAGCUGAAGAAGAGGCGAUACACGACGACGGGGCAGAGAUUGCCGAAGACGCCAAAGAAAGCACCAAUUCCAGUGACGCCGGCUGCGCCACCGCCUCAGCCAAAGGCUCAGCCGAAAGAGAAGAAUCCUACGCCUGUGCAGACGCCUGAGUAUCUCGACACAACGUCCUCCGGGAGGAAGAGAACGCGUCCGAGUAAAUUCAAUGAAACCACUUUCCGCGACAUUCGCUUCAAGUCCACAGACAAUGCGUCCGGAGGCGAUGAAGUGGCUGAGGAGACGCCUAAACCGAACAAAUCCAAAGCCACCCCGGCGGGAUCUGUGAGGAAGAAGAGGAGAGUGUCUGGAAGUUCUCCAGUGGGAAAGAACAAGGAAAGCUCACGAGAACCAUCGCCGGAGAAGAAGAAAGCACGAGCGUCGAAGAAGGAGGAAAAGGAAAAAGUGGAGAAACUCUCGAAGGUGGAAAAGUCAACGAAGGCUGAAAAGGUGGAAAAACCUGUGAAGGAGAAGCCCGAAAAGUCAGAGAAGCUCGAGAAGCAUCACGAGAGGGUGGAAAAAGUCGAGAGAACGGAAACGCCAACGCGUUCCAGUCGCUCGAGAGGCGAUGCGAAGAAAGCCUUGCUGGUGUCCAGUCAAGAAUCCGACACUCAGUCAGAAGUGAGUGAGAAUUGUCCACUCACUGCCAGAUCGCGUCGGACGAUGAAUAAAACUCCCGCGCCGACAAAUCGAGGUGUUCGACAUUCGCUGCGUCAGGAGGCGAAGGAGGCGCAGAGUCGUGAGAGGAAGAAGGAUGUGGAGGAUGAAGUACCUGAAGAGCCGCCGGUGAAGAAGAAGCCGGAGAAGGUGAAGAAAGUGCCGGAAGAGAAGAAGAGUGAGGUGAAGAGUCCAGUGACGGUGAAGAGGAAGCGAGACAGUUCAUCGGCGAAGCCGGCCAAGGUUUCUGGCAAGGAUCAAGUGACGACAAGUGAAGAUGAGCAGCCACUGAAGAGACAAGUGACUCUACCGGAGAUGAUUAGGAGCAAGGAAGCGAAGAAGGAGACGACAGAAGUGACGCGAAAGCCUGAACAGAGGAGAGAUGAGGAGAAGAUCAAGGAGAAACAUGUGGAAGUGAAGGCGAUUGAAACGGCAGCGGCAAAGAGUGAAGAGAUGAUACCAAAGGAGAAGAAGAAGCCCAUCACAACGCCUAAGUUGAGGAGCAAGAAGAAACUUAAGGAGGCAACGGAUUCAGCAUCCCAGGAAUCUUCAGCUGAGGCUGACGAUGAAAUGGAAGAUCGUGAGGCGAAGAAGACUUCAGUGAGUCAGCAACAGGCGAAAGAACACGAUCAUCCUAGUGUUUCUGUCAAUUCAACUGCAUCAAUAGAGAUUCCCAAGAAGUCACAGAGCAAGGAAUCGAGUCCUGAGAAGGCAAAGACUGAGACCAAGACGCCUGAGAAGGUGAAAGUUGAUGAGAAGCCAUCGGAAAAGCCUCCAAUUGCUACUGCUUCUGCUGCUGCUGCUAAGGCUGAAGUGAGUGUGAAGAAGGACACUUCGGUGGAUCUUCACGCGGACGCUGUGGCGAAGAAGACGAAGAAACAAGUGAUGAGGGAUGUUUUGAAGCAAGAGAAGUCACAAUCGUCAUCCUCAAGUUCAUCAAGUUCUUGUAGUUCAUCAUCUUACUCUUCGUGUUCAUCGUCAUCCUCGUCAAACAGUGGAUCAGACAUAAUAUUGCAGAGAAGCAAUGAUGCUCCGCAGAAGAGCAAGGAAAAAUCUUCGCCUGUGAAGUCAGUGGAAGUGGAAAAGUCAGUUAUUGUGGCGAAGACAAAUAAUACAGUGACGAAUACAAGUGUGACCUCAAUUUCGACGCCUAAACCGCUGUCGAAGGCGCUGGAAGGGAAGAGAGAGGAGAAGAAGGAGUUACUUUCUGUGCCGAAGAAGGAUAUUCAGGAGAAAGUGCCUGUGAUUAUUGACAUCAAGAGUUUGGCGGAGGAGGCAAAGAAGCCCACAGAAAUGUCAGUGAGUCCGGAAAAUGCCACAAGUGUGCUGAAAGUCAAUGAGAAUUACACAUCAAAAGCUCCUGUUCACACUGAAAUGCGUCCGAAUGUGAUUGUCGAUCCAAUUCCCAUGGAUAUUGAGGUGGAGGAGCCGCCAAAGGAGGCUGUGAAGAAGCCAGAGAAGAAGGAAACGUCUCCUGAGAAGCCCAAAGCCAAGGAUGGUGAGGAACCUCCGAAGAGACACAAGAGUCACUCCAAGACAAAAGAUUCUAGCGAUCCAAAUAAGAUUGUGCUGUCAGAUUCGGAGUCAGAGACUGAAAUUGAUGGUCAGAAGAUAAAGAUACUGAAGAAUCCGCCUGAAGAUCUUGUGAAGAAUGUCAUAAAACAAGCGGAGACGGAAGUGCCGACGCCAAAAGAGAGCAAGGAAAUGUCUGUGAUUAAGAUAAGCAAAGAACAAGCGGAGACUCCUGCUAAACCUCCGCCUGUUGCUGCUGAGAAUGCUGAGAAGAAGGAAGAGAUUGUGUCAAAAAACUCAGUCGAGAGUCAAGUUAAGGCAUCGAAUGAGGCGGCAAAACCAUCUCAGUCUGUUGUGGAGGAGAUUAAGGCGCCAAGUGUGCCUUCGGGAGUUGCUGGUCAGGAGAAGGAGGUGGAAAAGCCAGCGACGAAAGUUCCUGAGCGAUUGCCUGAAGUCCGGAGGAGUUCGAAGGAUUCUCGAUCGACGCCCAGUGUGAGCAAAGUUCCGGAGAUUAGUGGUCAGCAGACAAAAAAGUCUCAGUCAACAGGAACAGACUUUAAGGCUGAUCACAAGGCGCACAGUCGCAGUAAUAAUGUGGAUGCUGUGAAGAGUGAAUCGAGAUGCAAUCCAACGAUGGAAUUGGGAGCAAAUGCACCGCGAAAGGAUGAUUCGCCUAAUAAGAAGGAGCACAAGUCAUCUUCUGCUGUUGGUUCUGCAAAUUCUGCAACAACGUCAACGGCGAGUGUUUCAAAAAACGCAGAUGGUCACUCUCUUGCCAGCAACAGUAGCACCACGAAGGCGCAACAGCAGCAGGAAAAUAGCAGUGCCAAGAGUAGUGGAGGUGGAAGUUCAUCCAACAGUUCAUCAUCGUCGUCAUCUUCGAGCUCUUCUACGAGUGCUCGACAAGUGGCCAAGCAGCAGACGCAACAGCAGCAAACACAGCAGCAACAGCAGCAGCAGCAGUAUCAACAGCAACACACGUCGCAGCAGAGUUUGCUGGAUCAGAAGGCGAUUGAGUUGAACAAGAUGCAGUUCGCGACGAUGAACUCUCUGCCGAAUUAUCACACGACUCAUCCGCAGUAUUGGCAGUGGGAGGCUUACUAUCAAGGCUACAAUCCUCUGCCGCACUUGGAUCCAACGACACAGAAGUCACCCAACAAGUUCCACAAAGAUUUGGCCUCAUCCAUGGCUUACAGUCAUGGAUUGCCGCAGAAUCUCUACCAGAACAGCCUCACGAUGCAGCCUCAGCCGCCACAGACGCAACACAUUGCGCCGCCAGUGGUGAAGGAGAAGUCUCAGCGCAGCGAUAAGCAGAAGUCCUCGAAGAGUAGCUCGAAGUCUGAGGAGAAAGUGUAUCAAGCGACAGCGAUGAGUGGCAUGGGCAGCAAGACACAGCAAUAUUCCAACACUGCAGCGCAGGGGAAGUCCAAGAGUCACGGGAAAAGUGAGGAGAAGAAUUUGCACAUGAAUCAGUCGGCGAUUAUGGUGAAUCAGGAGACAAUGGGCAUCAAUUCGAUGCACCAUCAGCAACAUCAGGCGCAGGAGCACACGGACGCCACCACAGUGGCGUCUGACAUUAAGCAACACACGCCGCCGGCGCCGGACAUUCCCUCGAUGGGCGUCUACACGCCAGACUCCACGACCAACUCCGUGCACAGCCUGCACUACGGACAGUGCGAUAUUGACGUGAGUCAGUUGGGUCUGGAGUCGCCGACGAGCACGAGCAGUGAUAUUGCGUCGCAGAAUUCUGUGGAGAAUGUGAGGCCGCCGAGUGUUGUGCCGCAGCAGCACAAUCAGCAGGUUGCUCAGCAGUAUUCCGACUGUUCGGUGCAUCAACACCAGCAACAACAGCACCAAUCCACCCAAAUGCAGCAGCAACAGCAGCAGCAGCACAUCAGCAUGGUGCCCACGUCGAGUCCACAGCAUCAGAUGGCGAUGGCGAUGGGGGGAAAUAUGGUGCCGAGUCAGGGAAUGUCGCAGAGUCAGUCGCGAAAGAUGUCACAACAUCAUCAGCAGGGACAGAGUCAGAGGACGACGAAUAGGGCGUCGACGCCCAAAGUGCAGCAUCACAGGAACACUUCGACGCCUGGUGCGGCGAAUCAGAGACAACAGCAUAGCGCCACGCCGCCGGUGAAUAGUCAGCAGCAGAUGGCGAGUCCGAAUCAGGCGACGCAGCAUCAGCAGCUUCAGCAUCAGCACCUAAAUCAGCAGGCGGCGCAGCAGCAACAGCAGCAGAAUCUGCAGCACAUGCAGCAAUAUGGACACAUGUUGCACGGCCAUCAUCAGGCGAUGGCGCCGCAAGGGAAUUACAUUGGGGCGCCGCAGAUGACACAGAACUUCCCGGCGCAGUCGCCGAACUCUUAUGGCUCGAUGACGACGGUGAUUCAGCACAGGAUGUCGGGAAGCCAUGGGAAUCUGACGGCGCACAAUCCGCUGUCGAGUCCGCAGCAGCGCUUGGGACCGUCGCCGUCCGCCUGUUCUGGCAAUAACUUCUACAUUCAGUCACCGGGCAAUGCGACACACCAUCAGAGCCACACGCCAGUGCCUCAGAUCGCGACACCGACGCCUGCGGCCACGCCGACGCCACAAAUGAGCGGCGGAGCGCCAGCUGUGGGUGGCCAGGGGGCGGGAAACAUGUGCAGUCUGUCGAAGUUGCAGCAGCUGACGAAUGGGCUGGACAUGAUUCAGCCGGGAGGCUGCAACACGCCGCCGGCGGGCACGGUGAAUCUCACUCCGCCGCCCAAUCAUCAUCCGCACGCCACGAUGACGCCGCCACCCACGCAUCUUGUGCAGCAGAAUCCCGCGCGCAACAUCUCCACGCCGCCGGCGUCGCUGCAGACGCAGAUGGCGGCGUCGCUGGGCUACCAUCACAAGUACUAUCCGGGGAAUGUGCAGCCGGGCAAUGGAGGCGCCGCGGCGGCUGGGGCGAGUGGCAGGACGUCGCGCAACACGGCGUCGGCGCCCGUGCAGCAUAUGGCGGCGGCGCCGAGUCGGGUGAGUCCCAAUGUGACCAUUAGUCCCAAUCUCAUGUCACCCUACGGCACUCUCAAUGGCUACCGGAUGGCGGCGCAGCAGUCGGCGGGCUCCGUGGCGACGUACAUCACGAACUCAGCGGCGGCGGGCUUCAAUCCGCAGCUGCCGGUGCAGAUGAAUGUGAUGAACAUGCAGAGCCAGUAUCAGGAUCCGGCGUCCAUUCAGCGCGCCGCGCAGCAGAACUCCGUCUACUCGCCGUACUACAUCUCGCUGAACGGCUCCAUGCGCCGGUAGAGUACGAGAUCGUCACCCAGCUGCGCCGGCUGGGUGACCAAGACGGAGCCGCAGGACGUGGCGGAAGAAGAAGAGGAGGACUUCUACGACUAGAGACAUUCCAGAGACAGAGAGAGAGGGCAGAGAAUCAAAAGAGGGCGAAUGAAGUCAUUAUGAAUCCUUAUUAUUAUUGCUACUUAUUAUGCUCAAUUCUUGUAACACAUUUUUCGCCUUUCGUUUGUCACCGCGAGCGAUUAAUGUUUUUUUUGUGUUGUUUAGGAUCUAGAGAGAGAGUGAGAGGGAGACGGAAGAGGGUUUGGAUACUCCUGAAAUUGUGUUGUUUUUUAUCACAUUGUGUAUAUUAAAUUAUUACCAAAUUAUCUUUGUAUUGUCAAUACGCAGAAGAAGUCCCUUUGUUUAACGCGAAUCCAUUAAAGAGUUUUCCCUUUAUGUGUAAAAUUAAACUAUUUGCAUUAUUUAUCUGAGUAUUUCUUUUUAACUUAUUUGAUAUAUAUAAAAAAAAAAUGAGUGAGAAAUGUGGAGAAAGAGAGAAUAUUUUUGUGUACAAACAGAGAAAGAGAGCAAAUUGUUGAUUUGGAUGUAAAGAAGAAGAGAGUUUAUCAGUCUCAAUGGAGAAGUUUUAGUGAGUAGAGAAGAAGAAAAAGAAAAACAAAAAGCCAGAUGAAUUAAUAUAUUGUGACUUGUUUAAGAAAUAAAUACAUAUGAGAAAAGAGAGAUGAAACAAUAACUUGAAGUAAGCAAAGAAGUGUGAAAUCAUAAACACAAAAUCUCUUGUGUAAAUAAUUAUAUAUUAAAUGUAAAAGUCUACUUAAUCCUUAAGGCAAAAAACAUGUUAGUAAAUUAAUAUUUUGAUAAGGAGAAACAAAUAAAAGAAAUAGUUGUCAUCAAAA